AUGCAUUACUCCAUCCUCGCCUUCGCUGCCGGCGUCGCUGCCGCUCCUUUUGCUUCCACUGGAACCACCACUCUUUGCCCUGCUGGGCUUUACAGCAACCCCCAGUGCUGUGCCACUGAUGUCCUUGGUGCUGUUGGUUUGAACUGCGCAGUCCCUGCCACCACUCCUGCCAACACUAGCGAUUUCAUCAGCGGCUGCGCUGCCACUGGCCAGCAAGCCAAGUGCUGUGUUAUUCCCGUUGCGGGUCAGGACGUUCUGUGUCAGGAUGUCAGCCCUGGUGCCGGCGCCCCAGGUGGCGGUGCCCCCACCGCUACUGUCACUGCUACUGCCACAGGUGGUGGUGGUCCCACUCCUACUGCUGGUCCUCCAGCCCCUCCAGCCCCUCCAGCCCCACCCGCUUCCAGCUCCUGUGAGUCUAGCACUGCGCCAGCUCCUACUCCUUCCGACUGUGGCUGCGACGAGUAG